GACAAUGGCUUCAAUUUGCCUUACCUGUCCUGGUCUUGGUUUUUCUAGAUCUACCCCUAGUAAAAGGACAAGACAUAUGGCUAAGUAUGAAAAACAAAUAUAUCUAACACAACCUACGAUCAAGGCUACAACUACUUAUGCAUCUACAGUUAGACGAUCCGCAAACUAUCCCCCUUCGUUAUGGUCCUGUGAUUAUCUCCAGUCAUUGACUAAUAACUACGUGGGCGAAAAGUAUGAGACAAGGUCAGAUACAUUGAAAGAAUGUGUGAGGAUGUUGAUUUCAAAUGGCACGGUGGUUGAGGACCCGUUAAGUAUGCUUGAAUUAGUUGAUGAUUUGCAGAGGCUUGGGAUAUCUUAUCACUUCAAGGAGGAAAUAAGUAGUGUGCUGAAGAUGAUAUACAUCUACCAUUUUAAAGCAAAUGAAAACUGGAACAAAUCAAAAUUGAACCUUAAAGCUUUGGGCUUUAGACUCUUGAGACAACAUGGCUAUCACAUCCCUCAAGAAAUAUUUGAGGACAUCAAGGAUGAGAAUGGAAACAUCAAGGCCAACGUACAAGAGGACAUUGUAGGAAUGCUUAACUUGUAUGAGGCUUCCUUUCUUGCUGUUGAGGAUGAAAAGAUAUUGGAUGAAGCCAGAGAGUUCACAAACAUAUAUCUGAAAGAGAAGUUAGAAAAGAAGAACACUGGUAAUGAAAGCAUGCUGAUGUUGAUAAGUCAUGCCUUGGAGCUUCCAUUGGUUUGGCGGCCUCCAAGAUUUGAGGCAAUAUGGUUUAUAGAAGCAUAUAAAAGUAGAAGCGAUAUGAAACCAUUGUUGUUAGAGCUUGCUGAAUUGGAUUUCAAUAUUGUGCAAGGGAUACACCAGGAAGAUCUGAAGUACUUAUCAAGGUGGUGGGAAGCUCUAGGUUGGAACAAGAAGCUCAGCUUUGCUAGAGACAGGUUGGUGGAGAGUUUUAUGUGGACUGUUGGUGUAAGUUACCAACCAUCAUUGGGUGUUCUAAGGAAAAACAUGACAAAGCUUAUUUCGCUAAUAAAUGUCAUAGAUGAUAUUUAUGACGUGUAUGGUACUUUGGAUGAACUUGAACAAUUCACCGACAUUGUGAGAAGAUGGGACAUCAAUGCCAUUGAAGAACUUCCAGAGUACAUGAAGAUAUGCUUCCUUGGAUUCUACAACACAAUCAAUGAAAUGGCAUGCAACACUUUGACAAACCAAGAAUUACUUAUUAAACCUUGUGUGGAAAAAAUGUGGGUAGAAUACUGUGAGGCAAACCUCCUGGAGGCACAAUGGUUCAACAAUGGAUAUACCCCAACUCUUGAAGAGUACUUGAAAAAUUCAUGUAUCACUAUAUCACUUCCUGUAAUAAUUUCAAAUCUUUACUUCUUCACUUCAAAUAUUGGAGAGGCGCCCUCGCAGAACAUAGUACAAUGCUCGUCUUUGAUUCUCCGUCUUGCUGAUGACUUGGGGACGUCAAUGGCCGAGCUUAAAAGAGGUGAUGUUCCAAAAUCAAUCCAAUGCUACAUGCAUGAAACCGGUGCUUCUGAAGAGAAAGCUAGGGGAUAUAUAAAGAACUUAAUCGUGGACACUUGGAAGAAGUUAAAUAAAGAAAGAAUCACCCUCAGUUCUCAAAUAUUAGUAGAAUGUGCAACAAACCUUGGUAGAAUGGCACAGUUUACAUACCAAUAUGCGGAUGUGUUUGGCUCGCCUGAUGAUUGGUAUAAAUCUCAGGAAAUUUCAUUGAUUUUUAAUCCUAAAUCCUAGGGGGUUAUCAUAUAUAUCACACAGAUCAAGGUGGCUUAAUGACUAUCGCGUGGUUGGAUUUCUUCUUUCUGAUUA